AUGGAAGAACUAAACGGCACAAUCGUUGAGGAUAUUGCCGAACUAACCGAAGAAAUGAACACCUCCUGCUUCACAAACCCCUCCUUCAAUGUUUUCCAAAAUACAACAGAUGACCUGAUCCUUGCCUCCUCUAUGGCAGCCACUGUCUUCAAUGUGAUGGUCAUCUUUUGUGCAUUUAAACUCUUCCGGCGCAGCGGCGAUACAAUGCACCUUUUUAUUAUUAAUAUGACUGUCGGUGACUUGAUUUUGACAGUAUUUUGCCACCCGAACGAGCUGCUGAUCCGGAAACACGAUUUUCUGCACCAGCGUGAGCUGUGCGGCAUCGUUCAUUAUUUCAAUUGGCUGGGAUUGGCUGUUUCCGGCCUAUCGCUCACUAUGCUCAACAUUGAUAAACUAAUCUAUUUCCGAUGGCCGCUUGCUUAUGAUCGGGCAAUGUCAAAGCAGAGAGCAGCUGGUUUUUGCUUAGCAAUUUGGCUUAUUAGCAUAGGUUUCAUUUCUUACUGCUGGAUAGAUGGGGUGGUUUUCAUCGACGACCAAUGCUUCCUACAGAUGAACCGAGAAAAGAAUUUCCACUACGAGACGUUUUUGCUGCUCUUCUGCGUGCUGCCAUGCCUAUCGUCAAUGAUUGUAUCUGUCUAUCUAUUCCAAUUAACAAGGCAAAAACGGUCGGCCACAAUUGUUGGAGGAAGUGUAACGGAAACUCAUGCUUUCCGGAAAAAGAUCAAAUCGUUGGUGUUCAUCUUUGCCACAACUGCCUGGACUUCGUUCAGUUUGUUGCCCUAUCGCGUGAUGAACUUGGCUCGGCUCCAUGUUUUUAGUUGGAACCAACUGAACUGCGUGCAGAAGAACGUCGUCAACUGGCUCGCCUGGGUGCUGCUCUAUUUGCUGACCUUGAACCCGAUCAUCAACCCGGUCAUCACGGCCCUGAUCUAUGCCCCAUAUCGAUUGACGAUCAAAAAGUUCCUGGUCAAUAUCCCGAUCGGGCAGAGUCGCCCAUUGUAUCCGUAUCGCGAGGCCAACUUUAGUGAUGGAAGCAACACAAGAAGAAGUGGUGCCGGACGUUCAUCGUCGGCUGAUCAUGAGUUGAGUACGUUGCGACAGAGUAGCACCGAGGUAGUCAGGAUGUCCGUCUCCGAGCCUCCAUGGACGCCAACCAAAACCGACAAUGUUGAGAUCACUUUCCACCUAGACCGGCCGCGAAGCCUCGCCAGCUAUCCGGAUAGCACCAACAGCCGC